AUCAUCAGGACCGUCCAAGGCCUGUCGCGCGCCUGCUUACUCUUUUUUUGCCAUGACGCCAUGAGUCUCUUUCUUUCCACGACUUUAUAUUUCAACAAAUACCCACAAUGAGGCCACCAUCGCAGCGCCUCGUGUCGCUGAUCUUCGUUUUUCUUUCUCUGCUCUUUUGCGUCUCUUCACGAGCGUAUGCCGAGCACGAACAAGACCAUGCGCACCAGAAACCACUUGGAGGGGGUCAAACUUCGGGCAACCGGGGCUCGUCAGCACAGGGUCGAGAGGCGUGGAAGUCAAGAUGGGGGAAUGCUGAUGGAGGUGUGAACCCUCACCAGGGCGUAUUGGCCUAUGAUGAGGCUAUGGCUUUGCUCCACCAGAUCAAACCGGCAACAGCGCCAUGGUGGAAUUUCGAGAAGAAGUCUGGCAUCCUGGGCACGAGCGCAUACUAUGCAAAAGAGGUCUUCUUCCUGCUAUUCAUGAACGGACCCCCACAGCAGGAACUCUUAACGACGAACCCGCAGCCGAAGAAACUUGGUCAAUCGCUGUCCCAGGCCGUCACGCUGCUGGAAGAGGCAGCCACGCAGAAGAACCCCGAUGCAUUAUUCACCCUGGCCGAAAUGAACUUUUACGGAAACUACACGCACCCGCGCAACUACUCCGAAGCAUUCCGACGAUACCACGAACUCGCUACGUUGACCGGAAACGCCUCGGCACAACACAUGGUUGGCUUCAUGUAUGCGACUGGUAUUGGUGGGGCAACCAAACAAGAUCAAGCCAAAGCCAUGCUUUACUACACUCUUGGUGCCGAAGGCGGCGACGUGCGGUCAGAAAUGGCCGUUGCGUACAGGCAUUCGGCUGGCAUAUCGACCCCGCGUAACUGCGAGGAAGCCGUGUAUUUCUACAAGGAAGCUGCGAAAAAGGCCAUUGCCUACCUGCGUUCUGGUCCACCGGGUGGCCACUCAAUGCCGCGGGAAUCAUACAAUAUCGCCGACGAUGUAGGCGGGGUAUAUGGCGAGGGUGCAAGCGCAAGCAGUUCGGGACCAAACGCCAAGGUAGCAAGCGCUCAAUCGGAUGCCUUUUCUUCACUCGACGACGUGUUUGAAUACAUGGAUCUCCAGGCUCGGAAGGGUGACGCGAGGGCGACAUUCAAUCUUGCCAAGCUCAAUUACGACGGCGCGCGGACGCUGAAACGAGACCUUCCAGCGGCCAAGAAGCGAUUCUUGGAGCUCGCUCGCAUGUACUGGGCCCCAGGUGGAAAGAUCAACGCCAACGUAUCACCCACCACCGAGAAGUUGGCCGCGAAGGCUGCUGGCUACCUUGGCCACCUGGGCGACGCACUCUCGCAGUACUCCAUGGGUAUAAUGUACCUCAAUGGUCUUGGAGUGCCAGAGGAUCCCGUCAAGGCUGCAGAGCUCUUUGCUGCAGCUGCAGAUCAGGAUUUGGCAGUAGCUCAGGUUAGACUCGGUGCGCUGUUCCUGGACCAGGGAGACAUUGCAAUCGCUAUCAAGUACUUUGAGCUUGCCGCUAGGCAUGGACAUCUCGAGGCCUUUUACUUUUUGGCUGAGAUGACGCACAAUGGCCUUGGACGCGACAAGUCUUGCCCUGUGGCGGCUGCUUACUACAAGCUCGUCGCAGAAAAGGCCGAGCUUGUUUCCACAUCGUUCCCAGAAGCCAACGAGGCUUACACAAAUGGUGAUCUCGAGACGGCACUUGUCAGCUACAUGAUGGCGGCUGAACAAGGUUUCGAGGUCGGACAAGCCAAUGUGGCCUACCUACUUGACCAAGUCAAGCCUCGCUUUACCCUCAACUCGCUCAUGCCUUUUAUGAAGCAAAAGGCUUCGCUGGCUAGUGACGCUCUCUUGGCUCUUAUCUACUGGACACGCUCUGCCGAACAGAAGAAUGUCGACUCCAUGAUAAAGAUGGGCGAUUACUAUCUCAUGGGCCUUGGCACGUCUCCUGACCAAGAAAAGGCUGCUGCAUGCUAUCAAGCAGCAGCAGAGACUAUGAGAAGCGCCCAGGCCAUGUGGAAUCUAGGCUGGAUGCACGAAAACGGUAUCGGUAUCGACCAGGACUUUCAUCUCGCCAAGAGACACUACGACAUGGCUUUGGAAACCAAUCCUCGCGAAGCCUAUUUACCGGUAGUACUGGCGCUGUACAAGUUACGAUUCAGAAGCUGGUGGAACACCUUUACAAACGUGGUCAAAGAAAAAUGGACCUUCUUCGAAUGGGUAAACGCCUUCCUCGAAGCAGAAUUAGCCGUUUGGGACGACUACGAACCAGAGGACUACGACGACCACGGUGACUACUACGGCGACGGCUACCACGGCGAUGACAUCGAUUCUGAUAUCCUAGAGUCCCUCAUCAUACUGGCGCUAAGCGGCGCUUUGGCCUUUUUACUUUACUACCGCACGCAGCGCCAACGACGGCAGGAGGAGGAGAGGAGACGCCAGCAGGAGCAGCAGCAGCAGCUUAAUAAUCAGGGUAUACCGGUGCCUCAGCAACAGCAACCGCAGGUGCAACCACAGGUGCAACGGCAGCAGGAUAGGGGAUUGUUUCCUAACCCUGAUGAUCCUGAGUUUAUGAAUUGGGUUGCUGGUGGUGUGGGUCAUUGA